CAAGUGUUGGUUUGUGCUCUCUCUGCCUCUUUCUGAGAAGUUCUUCAGUGUAGUUACCGGUGGUGACUAGUGCGCUGUGUGCUGUGUUUGUUAGGUUUAGUACUUGACAGCGUGAUGCAGGAGACCAGUGUGGGGAUUAAGACCGGAAACUUCUGUAGGAAACAGGAAGUCCCCCUGUUGAAUUUCUGGAUCCCCCUGGUUUGAGUGGAUUGCUUCACUUGUGUGGUUAAGUACAGCUUCUUUCUCAUGAAUGCUUUUGAAAACGCUGAGACUCCAGUCUAAAACAGGUUAGAUUAGCUGCCCCCAGAGAAAGUUAUUUAUUUAUUUUUAAUGAAAUCUUAAGCUCUUCUUUCAGGGAAUGGGGAGCAGAAGCACAUUCCUCUUCAAGGAAACAGUCUGUGGAUGAGCUUUUAGAGACGUGUCCCAGAGACCACGGAUGUAGCGAUAGUAUCAAAGACAAUAGAGGAUUAUCUGUGGGCGACACAAAGAGAUAAGGACAGAGAGACACAGAGACACAGAGACUAGAGAGAUAGACAGGAUCUUAUGUAUUCCAGUUAGCCUUGAAGUUCCUAUACCAAGGAUGACUUCAAACUUAUUAUCCUCCUGCCUCUACCUUCUGAGUGCUGGGCUUACAGAUGUGUGAUGCUGUCCCUAAUUUAUGGGGUUCUGGGGAUCAAUCUUCAGGCUUAUGUGUCAGGCAAGCACUCUUUUUUUUUUUUAUUAACUUGAGUAUUUCUUAUAUACAUUUCGAGUGUUAUUCCCUUUCCCAGUUUCUGGGCAAACAUCCCCCUAAUCCCUCCCCCUCCCUUUCUUUAUGGGUGUUCCCCUCCCCAUCCUCCCCCCAUUGCCGCCCUCCCCCCAACAAUCUAGUUCACUGGGGGUUCAGUCUUAGCAGGACCCAGGGCUUCCCCUUCCACUGGUGCUCUUACUAGGAUAUUCAUUGCUACCUAUGAGGUCAGAGUCCAGGGUCAGUCUAUGUAUAGUCUUUAGGUAGUGGCUUAGUCCCUGGAAGCUCUGGUUGCUUGGCAUUGUUGUACAUAUGGGGUCUCGAGCCCCUUCAAGCUCUUCCAGUUCUUUCUCUGAUUCCUUCAACGGGGGUCCUAUUCUCAGUUCAGUGGUUUGCUGCUGGCAUUCGCCUCUGUAUUUGCUGUAUUCUGGCUGUGUCUCUCAGGAGCGAUCUACAUCCGGCUCCUGUCGGCCUGCACUUCUUUGCUUCAUCCAUCUUGUCUAAUUGGGUGGCUGUAUAUGUAUGGGCCACAUGUGGGGCAGGCUCUGAAUGGGUGUUCCUUCUGUGUCUGUUUUAAUCUUUGCCUCUCUAUUCCCUGCCAAGGGUAUUCUUGUUCCCCUUUUAAAGAAGGAGUGAAGCAUUCGCAUUUUGAUCAUCCGUCUUGAGUUUCAUUUGUUCUAGGCAUCUAGGGUAAUUCAAGCAUUUGGGCUAAUAGCCACUUAUCAAUGAGUGCAUACCAUGUGUGUUUCUCUGUGAUUGGGUUACCUCACUCAGGAUGAUAUUUUCCAGUUCCAACCAUUUGCGUACGAAUUUCAUAAAGUCAUUGUUUUUGAUAGCUGAGUAAUAUUCCAUUGUGUAGAUGUACCACAUUUUCUGUAUCCAUUCCUCUGUUGAAGGGCAUCUGGGUUCUUUCCAGCUUCUGGCUAUUAUAAAUAAGGCUGCGAUCAACAUAGUGGAGCAUGUGUCUUUUUUAUAUGUUGGGGCAUCUUUUGGGUAUAUGCCCAUGAGAGGUAUAACUGGAUCCUCAGGCAGUUCAAUGUCCAAUUUUCUGAGGAACCUCCAGACUGAUUUCCAGAAUGGUUGUACCAGUCUGCAAUCCCACCAACAAUGGAGGAGUGUUCCUCUUUCUCCACAUCCUCGCCAGCAUCUGCUGUCCCCUGAGUUUUUGAUCUUAGCCAUUCUCACUGGUGUGAGGUGGAAUCUCAGGGUUGUUUUGAUUUGCAUUUCCCUUAUGACUAAAGAUGUUGAACAUUUCUUUAGGUGUUUCUCAGUCAUUCGGCAUUCCUCAGCUGUGAAUUCUUUGUUUAGCUCUGAACCCCAUUUUUAAUAGGGUUAUUUGUCUCCCUGCGGUCUAACUUCUUGAGUUCUUUGUAUAUUUUGGAUAUAAGGCCUCUAUCUGUUGUAUGAUUGGUAAAGAUCUUUUCCCAAUCUGUUGGUUGCCGUUUUGUCCUAACCACAGUGUCCUUUGCCUUACAGAAGCUUUGCAGUUUUAUGAGAUCCCAUUUGUCGAUUCUUGAUCUUAGAGCAUGAGCCAUUGGUGUUUUGUUCAGGAAAUUUUUUUCCAGUGCCUAUGUGUUCCAGAUGCUUCCCUAGUUUUUCUUCUACUAGUUUGAGUGUAUCUGGUUUGAUGUGGAGGUCCUUGAUCCACUUGGACUUAAGCUUUGUACAGGGUGAUAAGCAUGGAUCAAUCUGCAUUCUUCUACAUGUUGACCUCAGGCAAGCACUCUUAAACUGACCUAUGCACCCAGCUCUGGAAUUUUUUUUAAAUAGUUAAGGUAAAGAAAGGAUAUGUAAUCAAUACUCAUUAUUGUCAUUCCUGGUGGCUUUUUAUACACAUGCUGCUGAAAAUUUGAUCUGGGUUCCUUGUGUAGAGAGAAGCCCAGUGGUUCUAAUAGAACUAGACUAAAGCACUGAGUGACUUCCAUUCCAGAAGCAGACAGGUCUACUGAGCUGUGUGCUCUGUGGCAGUCUCUACUUACUGUACAGUAUUCUUACAUGCAAGCACAUGUGUUGGAUGUGCAGCCUUGUGGCAAGUGUUGGUUAAGAAAGUUGAGUUUGGGACUGGGGAGAAGCUCAGUCAGUAAAGUGCUUGGCAUGCAAGCAUGAGGACCCAAGUCCGGAUCUCCAGGACCUGUGUAACAUGUUGUGGGCAGCAGCACAUGCCUGUAACUGCAGUGCUGGGCAGGCAGAGACAAGAGGAUUCCUGGCCCACAGCUCAGCCAUUCUAACCAGUUGGUGAGUGUGGCAGGGUGUGCUUGGACAAUCCCUAGCCUGAAUGGUGAGCUCCAGGCUGAUGAGAGACCUUGUCUCAGUGUUCUGAGGACGACACCUGACAUUGUCCUCUGGCUUCCAAAUGCAUAUAUCCAAACAUAUGAGAACACACACACACACACAUACACACACACAUACAAACACACACACCCCACAAAUCAAAAUAAAAGACUAAAAUAUGAAAACAUGGGGAAAGAGGUUGAAGAAAUGUGCAUUUGCAUAUGAACAUCAGCUCCCUUUGAAAGAAGGUUGAUGUAGAUGAAAAGUUCUACAAAUGUCUGUGUUUCACUCCUGGGGUUUCCAGGCUUGCGUUGUCUACUCAUAGUCUCACUGCAGCCCUUCUAAGCCAGGUUCCAUUAGUAUUUUGUACACUAAGGAAACAGCUUGUGCCAGAGAAAGAAGUGAAGCUGAAACUCCUAGCUCCCGUAGUCAAACUGCUACCUGGACAGUCAGCAUCCAGAGGUCCAGUACCCAUUGGAUCUGUGGCAUAAGCGCUACACCUGAAGACAAGCACACUUCUCUUGGCACAUAGAAGGUCCCUGUGGACUCAGUGCUGGUGAUGUAAAUGUGUUGCAUUGAGGUUUCUGCUAAGUGACAGAGAAUGGGAGCCUUCUUUUCUGACUGAGGUUGACCAGGUGGAAGGCUGGACUUUGAGGAAUUGUUUGGAUAAAGAGACAGGCAUAGGGUAGACAUAAAGAAAGAAAUUGAUGCAGGGAGGUGAGAGGUGGGCUAGCUACCUUCCAGGGUUGCAGAACUCAAGUCAGAGCUUGGUCCGUGGCCUUUGCUCUAAAGGUGGAUAUUUACAUGUGCCACAGCUCUGCCUGCACAGGAGGGGUGGUAACAGGAGGAACACCAUAUUCAGGUUUUGGCUGUGGGGCUAGUGUUUGCCUGCUCAUAAGCACCAGGGACCGAUGUCGUUCCUUCCACAGGCUGCUCUGCACACAGCAGACAGGUUUAUAUUUUUAAUACACAUCACUUUACUUCCCUGCUUAAACUUCCAGUGAGUGACUGUCCAGCGUGCUCAGUUUGGAUGCUUGCUGUGGAGUGGGUAGACAGUGGCAUGUAGUAUAUAGGUACGUGGUCUUGGAGCAAGGUUCUAGGGCUACUCUGCGGGUACCAGAGUCAUCGCCUUGAACCUAUUUCUUAACCUCUGAUAUCAUUUCAGAGAGCUGUUGGGGGUUUUAAUGAACUGACCGAGUUUAAAAUGCUAGGGCAGGACUUGGUGCCCGACCUUAUGUAGCUGCGUAUCUGACUGUGGACACUCACCUCAUCAGAACGAAAUCUCCACUCUUUUUCAUCCCAUCUGAGUCUUUACCACAUGAAACACUGCCCAGCCCAUGGUGGAUACUCAGAGAAAUUAUUUUCUCUAUCCUGCCUAUAAUUGUUAUUUUCUUUUGGUCAUUGGAAGCUUAAACUGUUUAACUAUCUUUGACCUAUUAAUGUUUCCCCAAAUGAAAGCCUGUGGUAGAAGAUAUUUUUUUUCUGUGUUUUAAGUGGUUUUCCUUAGUUUACAAAAUAAUGGAUUCUGAGUUGUGCCCAGCCAUGUGUCAUUUCUCUGUCCAUAUUCAUUGUCUGAAUUUUCUACCCUUGACCUUUCCACCUCCUGCUCCUCUGCUUCCUCCUUUUAAAUAGUCUUCUUCCUUCUGCUUUUAUGUUUCUCAUGGUGUGUGUGUGUGUGUGUGUGUGUGUGUGUGUGUGUGUGUGUGUGUGUGUGUACACUAACGCAGUGUCAGCUAUGUCUAUAUUUAACUGACCUAUUGUGCCGGCUGGUUUUACGUCAGCCUGACACAAGCUAGAGUCAUCAGAGAGGAAGGAACUCAAUGAGAAAAGGCCUCUGUAAAAUCCAGCUAUAAGACAUUUUCUUAGUGGUCAAUGAAGGAGGGCCCAGCCCAUGGUGUGGGUAGUGCAUCCCUGGGCUGGUGGUACUGCGUUCUAUAAGAAGUCAGGCUGAGCAAGCCAUACAGAGCAAGUCAGUAAGCAGAACCCCUCCGGAACCUCCGCGUCAGCUUCAGCCUCCAGGAUCCUGCCCUGUUUGAGUUCCUGUCCUGACUUCUUUCUGAUGAGCAGCAAUAUCAAAGUACGAGAAUUCUCCAGCCAACUUCUGGGAUUCUAAAAACAGGGGCGUGACUGGAACCCAAAAAGGACAAAUUGUAUGGCGGAUUGAGCCCGGGCCCUACUUCAUGGAACCGGAGAUCAAAAUCUGUUUCAAAUACUACCAUGGCAUUAGCGGAGCCCUGCGAGCCACAACCCCCUGUAUUACUGUGAAGAACCCGGCUGUGAUGAUGGGUGCAGAAGGCAUGGAAGGAUGUGCUUCAGGAAGCCUGCACUCUAGGAAACUCGUCAGCUUCACAUUGUCAGAUCUCAGGGCAGUUGGGCUCAAGAAAGGGAUGUUCUUCAAUCCUGACCCUUAUCUUAAGAUGUCCAUUCAGCCAGGGAAGAAGAGCAGUUUCCCUACCUGUGCCCACCACGGGCAGGAGAGAAGAUCCACUAUCAUCAGUAACACCACCAAUCCAAUCUGGCACAGAGAGAAAUACUCCUUUUUUGCACUUUUGACCGAUGUCUUAGAAAUUGAAAUCAAAGACAAAUUUGCCAAGAGCCGGCCCAUCAUCAAACGCUUCCUGGGAAAAUUAACCAUUCCAGUGCAGAGGCUGUUGGAGAGGCAGGCUGUCGGUGACCAGAUGCUCAGCUACAACCUUGGCAGAAGGCUCCCCGCUGAUCACGUGAGUGGCUACCUCCAGUUUAGAGUGGAAGUCCCAUCCUCUGCCCAGGAAGAUGCAUCUCCAGAGGCCGUUGGCACCAUCCUCGGUGUCCACACUGUGAAUGGAGACCUGGGCAGCCCUUCUGAUGAUGAGGACAUGCCAGGGAGCCAUCAUGACAGCACCAUUUGUGCUAACGGGCCAGUGUCUGAGGACAGUGUUGCUGACGGAACCCCCAAGCAUUCUUUCAGGACUAGCUCUACCCUGGAGAUUGACACAGAGGACUUGAUCUCUACUUCUUCAAGAAAUUCACCCCCCAGGGGCCGCCAGGAUUCACUCAAUGAUUACUUAGAUGCUAUUGAACACAAUGGCCCCUCUAGGCCAGGGACAGCCUCCUCCUCUGAGCGGCCCAUGGGAGCCUCUCCCAAACUGAGGAGUAGUUUUCCCACUGACACCAGACUCAAUGCGAUGCUUCAUAUAGACUCAGAUGAAGAAGACCAUGAUUUUCAGCAAGACCUAGGCUACCCAUCCUCCUUGGAGGAGGAAGGAGGCCUGAUCAUGUGCAGCAGGACAUCGAGGAUCGAUGAUGGGAGCCUGACGUCUCAGACCAAACCAGAGGAUGACAACCCUGUUGAGAACGAGGAUGCCUCCGUACAUGAAACUGCUUCCUUAGAGGAGAGGCCAGAGAAUCUUCCCGAGGUUGAAGAUGGCUCCUUGCCGUCAGGUACAGCCCCUGAUGAAAAUGAAGCCAGCGUAGAGCCUCAGCCCAGUGCUGACCAGGGCAGCACUGAAUUGUGUAGCUCUCAAGAAGUCGAUCAGCCCACAAGUGGCACGGACGCAGGAGCUUCUGACACAUCUGUAGGAAGCCGCAGAGCUGCCAGUGAGACUGAGUCCCUGGACCAGGGAUCCGAACCUUCCCAGGUGUCCUCUGAGACAGAACCCAGUGACCCUGCAAGGACAGAGAGUGUGAGUGAGGCCAGUACCAGACCCGAGGGAGAGAGUGACCUGGAAGGUGCAGACAGCUCAUGCAAUGAGAGCGUGACCACACAGCUGUCCUCCGUGGAGACACGGUGCUCAUCUCUAGAGAGUGCACGAUUUCCAGAAACCCCGGCCUUUUCUUCUCAGGAAGAGGAAGAUGGGGCCUGCGCAGCUGAGCCGACCAGCAGCGGCCCCACAGAGGGGUCGCAGGAGUCUGUCUGCACUCCCGGUUCUUUACCUGCUGUGCAGGUGCCCAGCAGGGAAGAGGAAGGGUCGGGGGCUGAAGCUACUGCUUUAUCUGAGCAGGGGGAGCUGGGGGAGGUCUGGCAGAGGAGGGGCAGUCUUGAGGGAGCAGCUGCUGCUGCCACUGCUGCUGCCACCGAUAGCCAGCCCCAGGAAGACGGGGAUCCUGGUGAUACACAAGGUGCCUGCGAAGGGGCCACCGCUCAGGAGGAGGGCGCCACUGGAGGUUCUCAAACCAAUGGCCAUCAGCCCUUGAGGUCACUACCUUCAGUGCGCCAGGACGUCAGCCGAUACCAGAGGGUGGACGAGGCUCUCCCACCAAACUGGGAAGCACGUAUUGACAGCCACGGCAGAAUCUUCUACGUGGACCAUGUAAACAGAACCACGACGUGGCAGCGGCCUACAGCUCCCCCUGCCCCACAGGUCCUGCAGAGAUCUAACUCCAUACAGCAAAUGGAGCAGCUAAACCGGCGUUAUCAGAGCAUCCGCAGAACCAUGACGAAUGAGAGGCCUGAGGAAAAUACCAGUGCUAUCGAUGGGGCAGGGGAAGAAGCCGACUUUCACCAAGCCAGCGCAGACUUCCGUCGGGAGAACGUCCUGCCCCACUCUACCUCCAGAUCCAGGCUCACGCUGCUGUUACAGUCGCCCCCUGUGAAGUUCCUCAUCAGCCCAGAGUUCUUCACCGUGCUGCAUUCUAACCCUAGUGCCUACCGCAUGUUUACAAACAACACGUGUUUGAAGCACAUGAUCACCAAAGUCCGGCGGGACACCCACCACUUUGAACGCUAUCAGCAUAACAGGGACCUCGUGGGAUUCCUCAACAUGUUUGCUAACAAACAGCUGGAACUACCAAGGGGCUGGGAGAUGAAACACGAUCAUCAGGGCAAGGCAUUUUUUGUCGACCACAACUCCCGAACCACCACGUUCAUUGAUCCUCGGCUCCCACUUCAGAGCAGUAGGCCCACGAGUGCGCUGGUUCAUCGACAACACCUGACGAGGCAACGCAGUCACAGCGCGGGUGAGGUAGGAGAAGACUCUCGGCAUGCAGGACCACCCGUUCUUCCCAGGCCAGCCAGUACAUUCAAUACGGUCAGUAGGCCACAGUACCAGGACAUGGUUCCAGUGGCCUACAAUGACAAAAUUGUUGCGUUUUUGCGUCAACCUAACAUCCUUGAAAUUCUGCAAGAGCGUCAACCUGAUCUUGCCAGAAACCACUCACUCAGGGAGAAGAUCCAAUUUAUCCGAACUGAAGGGACCCCUGGAUUGGUGCGGCUCUCAAGUGAUGCAGAUCUUGUCAUGUUACUGAGCUUAUUUGAGGAAGAAAUAAUGUCAUAUGUGCCUCCUCAUGCCUUACUCCACCCCAGCUACUGUCAGUCCCCGCGUGGCUCCCCUGUGUCAUCUCCCCAGAAUUCACCAGGUACUCAGCGUGCCAAUGCCCGGGCUCCUGCACCUUACAAGAGAGAUUUUGAAGCCAAACUAAGGAACUUUUAUAGGAAGUUAGAAACUAAAGGAUACGGACAAGGCCCAGGAAAAUUAAAGUUAAUUAUCCGAAGAGACCACUUGCUGGAAGAUGCUUUUAAUCAGAUUAUGGGCUACUCCAGAAAGGACCUGCAGAGGAAUAAACUGUACGUCACCUUUGUCGGGGAGGAAGGGUUGGAUUACAGUGGGCCUUCCAGAGAGUUUUUCUUCCUGGUAUCCCGAGAACUCUUUAACCCCUAUUACGGCUUAUUUGAAUAUUCAGCCAAUGACACAUACACAGUACAAAUAAGUCCUAUGUCUGCCUUUGUAGACAAUCAUCAUGAAUGGUUUCGAUUCAGUGGGAGGAUCCUCGGUCUUGCACUAAUACACCAGUACUUGUUGGACGCCUUCUUUACGCGACCCUUCUAUAAGGCUCUUCUCAGAAUCCUGUGUGACCUGAGUGAUCUGGAAUACCUUGAUGAGGAGUUCCACCAGAGCCUUCAAUGGAUGAAAGACAAUGACAUCCAUGACAUCCUAGACCUCACGUUCACUGUGAACGAAGAAGUUUUUGGGCAGAUUACUGAACGAGAGUUAAAACCAGGGGGAGCCAAUAUUCCAGUGACGGAGAAGAACAAGAAGGAGUACAUUGAGAGGAUGGUGAAGUGGAGGAUUGAGAGGGGCGUGGUGCAGCAGACAGAGAGCUUAGUCCGCGGUUUCUAUGAGGUAGUAGAUGCCAGGCUAGUGUCUGUCUUUGAUGCAAGAGAACUGGAGCUGGUCAUUGCUGGCACAGCUGAGAUAGAUCUCAAUGACUGGAGGAACAACACUGAAUACAGAGGCGGGUACCAUGACAAUCACAUUGUAAUUCGGUGGUUCUGGGCUGCAGUAGAACGAUUCAACAAUGAACAACGACUAAGGUUGUUACAGUUUGUUACAGGCACAUCUAGCAUUCCCUAUGAAGGAUUUGCUUCUCUCCGAGGGAGUAAUGGUCCAAGAAGAUUCUGUGUGGAAAAAUGGGGAAAAAUCACCGCUCUUCCCAGAGCUCACACGUGUUUUAACCGCCUGGAUCUCCCUCCAUACCCUUCCUUUUCCAUGCUUUAUGAAAAACUCUUGACAGCAGUUGAAGAGACCAGUACCUUCGGACUCGAGUGACCCAGAAGCACGAUGCUCAGUGCUUUACGGACAGGCAGUUCCAGAAGCCGGCCUCCCAUAGAGUGACCCAGCAUUGGUAGUCUCGGAGCCUUGGCUUUCAUUACGACAAACUGAGCGCUGCUCUCUGGGAACACAUGCUCCUGUGUUUGGGGACUGGCUGUGAGUUCUUUUGGAAGGAUUGGGGUGAGCUUGGUGCCCAUGGAACAACCCAACAGUCUUUCAAUCAACAGUUCUUGACUGCCAAACCUUUCCCAUUUGUCCCCAUGUUCCGAGAAAAAGAUGAACCUGCACACGAUCAACUCCAUGGUGACUUUUAGGGACUCCGGAGAAUCUUUCAACUCUCCCGUAAACACACUUCAAGCCAAACUGGCAGCACUGACCCAAUCUCUAAAUUUGCGCAAGUGAAAGAAUAUCAUUAAAAAAUAUAUAUAUUUCCUGGAAGUACAUUUGUUUAAGCCCUAAGUUAUAGCAGAAUAUUUAUUUCUUGCUUAUGAGUGCCUGCAUGGUGUGCACAACAGGUUUCAACCUUCACAGGACAAGUGUGAACAACGAAACCAAGUCAGUAUGUGAUAACUUUAAAGAUUUGCGAUAAGGUGGUCUGUGACAAUGUAUAUGCAAGUGGUCUGUGUGUAGUUAUGGCCGAAGACAAACUUAUUCAACGAAUUACUAAUGACAGAUUUUAUGCUUUAUAAUGCAUGAAAACAAUUUAAAAAUAUCUAGCAAUUAAUCACAAGCAUAUCAGGAAAAUGUACACAGUGAGUUCUGUUCAUUUUUUAUAGGUUCAUUAUAUUUCUGUUCUUUAAGAUGUAUAUAAGGACCUACCUACCAUAUUGUAUGUACCACCUCGCCGUCUUCAUGUUCCACGCCUCCUCGGGCAUCUUGGUAGUAUGUACCCUUUAAAGCACGCUCAAGAGAACUAAAAGGGCCUUUUAUUUUUCUAAAGGUUUAAAAAAAAUUCCCCAAAAUAUUUUGCACUGAACGUACCAAAGGUGAAGGGACACUACAAUAUGACUAACAGCAGCUCCAUCCGUUGAUUACUACAAUAGAAGUAGCUUUUAAAUCAGACUUCCUUCACAGUUGCCAUGUCAACCACUGCAAGGACUGUGCAUCUAAGUAAUAAUUUUGUAAGACUCACUAUAUGUGAUAGAUGAUAUGCAUUUAUUUAAAAUGCAUUAGAUUCUCUUCCAUCCAUCAACUACUUUACAGGAUGGCGUUUAUUACAGAUAUUUCGUAUUCCCCCUCACUGCUUCUUAUUUGUACUGCGUCAUUAAACACUGAGCUUGGUUAGAGAGCCAUCAGCAAUGCCGGAGAGAUCAGCUCUCUUUCGUAGAAGAGUUCCACUUUCCCUCAUCAAUGACGAUACCAUAUAUGGAAACUCUCAGUACUAUAUUUCUAAGCCUGCAUUUUCACUGAUGCAUAAUUUUCUUAUUAAUAUCAAGAAAAAAUUUUUGUAUGGUCUCUCAGAAACUACAUGUCAUCACUGACAGGUCUUCUUAGUUUGAUAAAAGGAUUCCCUUCAUUUUGAUUGCUUUGGGGACUGGUCCAUGCUGUUGUUUUGUUCCUUGAUUUGUGACCAUAACUAAUCAGACACGCAGUACAGUGGAGUGGAAUCGAGGUGGGGAAAACCAUUGGCUUAACAUUUAGUUUUCCAGCCUGAGGGGUUACAGGCAUUAUGCUAAUAUUGCUUUGAGAAUCUCGUUUUUAGGUAUCAUAGACUUCCUGUUGUGGGAUGUGGGUGACUUUAUAUUUUAUACGGGUUAUAUGCACAGUCCUCACAGGUGUUUUGUAAGAACAGUUACUCUCUUGUUAGUGAAGCUGUGUUUACUGUUGGGACCCUCAAGAGAAAUGACAGUCAUGUUGUGUUACUGUAUUAAAGAUAAGUCCUGGGUGUGGGAAAAUGUUCCAGGAGGAAACAAAUUACAGAAACCUGGAAAAGAUAUAUGGAAUAUUUAUUUGUAUACCAUAAUUGGGCCAGAAAAAAAAAGAAUGACUAAAAUUUUUUGACUGGAAUUAUUAGUUUGUACUUAUUUGUCAUGAAUACAAGUAUAUAUUUAAUUUUUUCAAACUGCUUUCACUCGUUUGUAUUUUUUCAUCAUAAGGAAAAAAGAGCAUGCUAAUGCAUUUUUAAAAUCACAUUUUGCUGCAUCAGAGCAUUCCCUAAGAGUUUUCACAAGGGCUCGUGAAGAGAAAGCUGCCUUUCUUUCAAAAUUACACGUAUAGGCCACGUUAAUGCUCAUCUGGUUUGAGACACUUUGCCACCAUAUGCCGUAUUACUAGGCAAAAGAGAUUCCAAAUAAAAUGUACCUAUUUAACUAUUUCGAACGAACACUGUUUGCUGUUGAUGCUAAGGCAGCCAACUUCUCAAACAACAGCUUUAAAUGUAUCCAGAGGACCUAGUCCUGUUUGGCACUGUUCUCAGAAUUGGGAAUUAUCAAAAUUGUAGCUAGCGUAUUAGAAAACUGUGAUAGCCCAUUCUUCUUCAUGGGUAAGACAAAGCCAGACAAUAAUAUCUCUAUAACAGUUAAAUAACACAUCCACAGAAUAAAUCAGCGGUUACUGUACUCUACGAUUAGAAAUAUUCAUAAAUAUGCUUUUCUGGACUGUGAACCUUGAUAACUUGGCUCUUUGGUUUUGUUUUAAGAGAUUUAUACAUGAUCUACUAAUGAUGUAGAAGUCAGUUCCGAUACACCGUGUAUGUGUGUCAUCUUUCAGAGCAGAGGCACACUGUUGGCAUUCCCUCCACACCAGUUACUGCUUUUGAUGAUGGAGCUACAAGACUCUGAGUCUGGCCUUCAGAAAGAUGCUCACAGUCUACUCGAGGGGACAUCAAGAUUCCAAAAGCAUUUAACAUGAAAGGUCUACAGUUAGUGAAUGGAGAAUAGCCUAUACAUCCCAAAGGCUUGGUUACACCCUCAUGUAUAUGAAACUGUACGUGCUUUUUCUGCUGGUAACUACAAGAGUGUCAUAGACUAUCAAUGCUGGUAAGUCUCAGACCCAAAAUGCAGCCAUACAAUAAGUGUUCAAAGUUUGUAAGACAGGGACUGAACUGUGAAGGAGCAACACGAGGAUUUUCAAAUUAUCAAAGAAAUGCCAAAAUGAAAUCUGGAGAUUUCCUUCAGCCUCUGCACUGCAACCUACAUUCUAUUUUUAGUGUAAAAUAUCACAGUUCCUGGGAUCACAACAUUUUUCUUGUGCACAAAAUGAACGGAAGUCAUAGUUUUCUAGGAUAUGUCAUAUUUAUAAUUUAGUGGCCAUUUUGUACUAAGUAAAUAUAAAAGCCAUUAUUGAACUAGAGAGGGAAUGCCGUGUGCAAAAUGAAAGUGUAGCACUUCCAGACACUCUUAUUAAAUUAAACUCUAGUCUUAAAAAAGGGUGAUGGCUGAGAUCUAUUCACCACUUCCUGGAUGACAAUGGCCUGCAAAGGUGGGGACUGUGGGGGACUAUGCUUAGCACCGAGGAGGAGUUGUACAGUGCUUGCAGGGCAUUCUCUUUUGGUUCUCAGUGCUCGGUUGGGGAGAAGUAUCCAGUCCUCCCUGGGCUCAGGCUGAUUUCAUGAGUAGCUGGUGAUAUGAUUCAUACUUUGUUGUCAAGAUCCUCUUUAGUCUCAAGAGAUAUGAAAACUAAUAUUUGUAUCAAUAGACUCAACUUUCCAAUGCAUUGGUUUUUCAAACUCUUACCUUCUUAAACACUCUUGGAAUGUGGCACUCCUGGAGAGGGCUCGGAGAAAGGAGCACAUUCAUGGAAAUGGCUUCUCGCAGAUGCAUUGUUUCCAUUUACUGCCUGUGGGAGGAAUUUAAGACAAAUCUGAUUGUGAUCGGGUGGAUUUGCCCAGCACAGGAAUUUGGCCCCCUUGGGGACUAUGUAGAAGCAAGCAUAUGAAAAGGCACCAACCAGAGGCCUGGCUUUCAUUAUUAAUUUUUGAUAACCCUGAGUCUUCAGAGGCAUGGCAAGCUGAACCCCAGUGAUAUGGAGGGACCACAACAGCUUGUUUCUCUUUCUGUCUUCCUGAUAUUUGUUCAAAUGGCCUUUAGGCCCUUUUUGCACGCAGCUAUUUCUAACAAGGCAUACAUUUUAUAAUGAAGAGUCUAGAAUUUUAUUCAAUUUAACUUCAUUCAGGAAAUUCCAGGGGCAGGAAAUGAGGCCAUUUUAUCAUUAAAAGGCAUCACCAACCCCAUAAAAGCAACAUGCAAUUGAAGAGUCCUGCCCAACUUCCCAGCUACAUUGAGAUUUGGGCCAGCUGUUGAGUGGUAUCCUGAAUCAGCUACCCUACUUCCACAGGACUUGACUUAAUAUUAAUGGGAAUGUUCCUUGGAAACAUAUUCCAGUUGCCAGAAUUUAUUAGUGCCGUAGUUCUGUUGCAUUUCCAGGUAAUUUGUCUAGCACAGAAGCAAAGGAAUGCCAGAGACAUUAAAGGUUUCUGAGCUGUUAUUUAAGGUCAAUCAUUACCAUUAAAGGGGUAAUUAGAAAAAAAAAAGUAGAAAAGUAGAUGCCUGGCAGUUGUAUCACCCUGGUAAUGAGAUUCAGGAGUAACAGCUCUGUUCAAGGAACUGGUAUUGUGGGAAUAAUGAUUGUGUUUGCCAUAUCACAGCAAUCUGACUUAGGAGUGAACGAAGGCACAUUUGCAAUCAGAAUAGCUAAGGGAACAAUAAAACAAUGGUACAAACAUCAUCAGACUUAGACCUUGCCAGUGGGGGUAGGAGCGUGUUCCAUUUUGGUUUCUGAGGUUUGAGAACAAUGCAUUUGUGUAUAGUGAAGGCACUGAUUGGCCAUCUACCUGGUGGGAAAUACCCUUGUUGUAUGACUUCAGUUGGCUAGUAUUUCCUGUAUUACAAAAUGUCAUUUAGUCCCAAAGUUUUAAGGCUAACCAUAGCUCAAUCAGGAAACUCAACAAUUUGCAUUAAAUUAUAGUUUUAAAAAAACUUGAAAGUUAUUGUUGCCACUACCAGUCACUAUUUGUGAAAUAAAAAGUGAUCUUAUUUCACCAUACUUAUUUUCAUAGUUGACAUUAGCAUAGCUUUUGAGAUAUUCAAAUACUAUCUAAUGUUGAUUUAAACAUUCCCUAUUGAUCUGGAAAGCAAAAAUCCUAAGUGUGAGAUUACUACAUUACAAAAGGAGGCCUAGCAAGUGUUUCAUAUUGAAGAAGUUAAUCAAGACAGCAGACAUGUUGGCUUAGAUUUUGAUCUUCAAGGUACUUUAUUCUCAUUUCAUGAUCAAACAGCUCAACAGAACAGGAGGGCUCUAGCUGUAUCUGAUUUUUAUGUCUAGUGAUCUUGGGCAGGUGAUAUCUUCAUAUCAAAUCUUCUUUUAAGAUAUUGCAACCCUGAGGGGUGUUGGUAGGUAUGUUGUAUGAUUCAAACUGAAUCAACUAUUACUGGUGUAAGAAUUCAUCAGUAAAUUCGGGUAAUUAUCACCUUCUGUGAAAAGAAACACCUUGGAAGGGUGAACCAGGGAAUACACAGAACAGAAUGUUCUUUAGGACCCUAAUGCCCUAAAAGAUGUAAUUACAGCUUAUUUUUCUUUGAGUGAUAGCAUAAGUAAGAUAUGAGAGCUGUUAGCACAUCAGAAAGUGCAUAAGAUUAUGUUUUUAUAAUAGGGAUGCAGGCAUUCCAAAAAAAAAAAAAUGAAUAAAGACACAUGCAUCUCUCUUGCCUCUUACUGAAGUAUUAAUCUAAUUUUAUAAUAAUGCUUACUUUUUAAUCUUAAGGCUCUGUAAAAAAACAUUUUAUUUCUAAGAUUUCAGUAGAGUACAGUGGUGCAUUUUUUAAGCCUUUCCACUUCUCUUCACCAGCUCCACCCACUCAUUCCAUCCACUAUACCAUAGCGCAGUUGAUAGGUACACUUCUGAUUUUGUUGAGUUGAUUCAAGCUUUGUAUUUAUUCGGUGUAACUUUUAGUAACCAAUAAUAAUGGGAGGUAUUUGCUAUUAGAAGUAAGAUUACACAGCCCUCAUUUUAUCGUACAUUUACAUUUUUUAAGGCACAAAUUUGUUGAUAGGCAUCCUAGAAGCGCUUCGUGAGUGGUGUUACACAGCACUGAGGACUGGAUUAUGGGCCAGUUGUUCAUUUUCUGGGAAGUCUGUAUUCUUAUUCUCACCUGAGCCUCCGACUCUUGUGUUGUAUUUUUUAUGAUUAUGAAAUGCUUUGACGGAAAGAUAUUUUAAUGUGUACAAUUUGUUUUAUUUUCAUACUGAUCUCUAUUUUUGUUUAAAACCAUGUUACAUCAUGAAAUCACUUAAUCAAAAAUAAAUCUUUUAAAAAAUGAA